UUACAUCCCAAUUCCCAAAGGUGGCUGGCAGUUGUCCGUAAGAUGUUAAGGACCCGAGAAUCACCGAGUAAAAUCUUAGUCCGUGAUAUAUUAUAUAAUAUUAUCAAUUAUGCAUGGAUAGACAUUAUCAAUAGUACACUCAGUGUAUGAAACGGACGGCGGACGCAGUUGACAUCGGAACAGGUUGCCGCACGUCGAAGUUUUUCCCACUACUCAUAUUGCCACCGUUGGUUCUUUGGAUUGGGUGGUGCACCAGCCGAUGUUCCGGGGAAUGGUGAUUGGGGAUACAAAACGUUUUUCUUUCGGACGGCGCUCAACAAUAUUCCCAUUUGUCUUGAUAAUUAAUUAUUUUAUUACAAUUUCUGGUAAUUCUACAUUUUUUUUUGUUUUUUUCUGAACGAAAAAAUUUUGAAAAAAAAAUCACUUAAUCCCGUAGUUGACGUAUGAAUCAGUCUGCAGUUAUCAGAAUCAAAUUGCAAUUGCAAAAUAUGAUAGUAUGAGAAUUGCGGAGAAGUUAUUAUACCGAAUAAAUGUUAUUAACACGGUACACUAGAGUUUUGCGUUUUACAGUUUAAUGACCUUAUUGAUAUCUAUUUUCAAUUUGUUUUUUUUUAUGAUAACUAUGUACUAUUAUUUUUUUUUGUUUUUCUAAUAUUUACCGUGGUGUGAAUCGAGUUUUGAGUACAGAGUAGUCAUUAAUUACUUAUCCCCGCAUUAUUCUUAUCGCUCAAUUUAUCAUUUUAAUAGAGGGUUUUUCUUAAUUUUGUGUUUGUUACACUAACAAUUAAUUGUUAUUUGGUGAUUGGCGUGACAUCGAAGAAGCAUCAAACCACUAAAAACCGAAAAAAGCUGGUUUCUAUCAUUUGUAUUCCUAGGGUUAUGGUAGAUUAAAAAAUUUUGUCAGGUUGUUUUCAAACCAGACAUUUUUUAAAAUAUCAAUGCGGCCCAUAACUGAGGACAAUAUGAACUCGUUAGCACCACAACAAUAUUGUUUACGGUGGAAGUAUCAUCACUCAAAUUUACAGGCAAUGUUUUCUCAACUUUUAGAACGGGAGAGUUAUUGUGAUGUUACAUUGGCUUGUGAGGGAAAAACCCUUAGAGCCCAUAAGGUUAUGCUUUCUGCUUGUAGUACUUACUUUGAUACUAUAUUGUCACAGCAUGAUGAGAAUAAAGCAAUAGUUAUUCUCAAAGAUGUUAAGUUCUCUGAUAUUCAAGCCCUAGUCAGUUUUAUGUACAAAGGAGAAAUUAAUGUUGAAAAUACCGAGCUUUCUUCUUUGUUAAAAACUGCAGAAGAACUUAAGAUAAAAGGCUUGGCUGAAGUAUCGUGGAGAUCAGAUCAAGAACAGCAAAACCAAAGUUUUAAUGUAACUGCUGAUGAGUCAAAUAUUAGCAAGAAGAGAAAAUUAGAUUCAACGCUUGCUACUACUGCUAAUAUAAAAAAAGAAUAUACAGAUAAACCACAAGAAAAUGAUGAUAUGGAUGGAGCAGAUGUUGAAGACGAGUCUGAACCUGACCAGUCCAUUUGGGAACCAGAAAUGCAACAUGUUGUUGAUACUGACAACGUAGAGCUUCCUAAACCAACAACUGGUACAGUAAAUGUAACAACUUUUUCAUCUGAAGAAGAAAGAGCAAGUAGUGUCACCAAUGCUAGCCAAGGAUUCAGUGAACAACCAGCACAUGUUCCAGAUUUAAGCCAAUUUUCUGAUGUAAUGAAAAUGAAUGACUAUCUAGAAUCAGGUGGACGCCGUCCACAAUUUUGGGAAGAACCUUUCACUAAAAGACUUAUGGAAGCAAUAAAAAAUAAAGAACUAGAAAUGAAAGUUGCUGCAGAGUUAAUGGGAGUAUCUUAUGGAACCCUUUACGGUAGAUAUCGAGAUGCUUAUGGUUGCUUAAAACAUCCGUACAGAGUUCGAGAUUUUUGGUUGGAACAAGGUCCAGCCGAUGUAUUGGCUAAAUUGCAAAGAAAAGAAUUAACUCUAUUCCGAGCAGCAGAAAUACUAAAUGUCACUGUAACCACAUUGGCUAACUACUUGUCAACAAUGAGACAAGGAGAUAAUUCAAUUACUGUAUCUACUGCUACUGUAAGUGCUACUGACAAAUCAACAUUUAGAGUAGAUGUUAUGUCUGAAAGUGAUAGAGAAGAAGGUUCUGAUGAAGAGGAUGAGGACAAUGAUGAAAUUGAAAAUAUUAUAACAAGUAGUACCACUCAAUCUCAACAAAAUAAACCAGACAUCACUUUUGUUACAGCACCAGGUUCAAUAUCUAAAGUGAACAAUCUAAACGGUAACUAGCACUAUACCUAAAUAAAUUAUUGGUUAGGAAGUAGAAAUCAUUAAACUUGUUCUAAAUUAUAAUUAUAACAGCGGUUCUAUUGACAACAAUUAUUUUUCUCUAUUUUUGUUUUUGUUUUGUUUUGUUUGUUUUAUUUUUUUAAUUUUAAUUUUAUUAUUUACCUAUUGUUUUUAUUUAUAAAUACUUACAUACACAUAAUUAGUAUAUUUAUUUUCUUAACAUUUGGACCGCUGUUAGAAAAUAUUUACUCUAAAUUAACUGAUAAUAGUAGUGUUGUUACUGAAAAUAUGUUACAAUAUUACUCAAAUUGGUGCUAAUCUAUAAUGCAUUCUUCCAUUUAGCUCUCUAGUGUCAAACUUUUUUAUUCAAAUUAAUUUUUUUUUUUAAAUUUUUAUUAUUUAAUUUUUUUUAUGUUGUUUACCUCUAAACAUGUUUAAGUUUAUGGAUUCAUAAAUUUAUAAUAUUUUUUAUUUUCUUAAAUUUCAAAAGUAAUCAAUUAUUAUCCGGUGGGUGAUUUGACAAUUAUGAUUACUGAAAAGCACUUUAAAUUCAACCCUUACAAUAUUUGGACAUAAUCAUGAAAGAUAUUAUAGUAAAUUCAUAACAUAUUAUCGUUUGUGUAAUUCAAAACAAAUUGAAACUUAAGAGUAAUAUUUUAAGUUUGAACAAAUAGCUAUUUAGAUAGUAGUUAUUCUAAUAACUAAAAUCUUUAUGAAUAUGCAAUUAUAAAUUUGAUAUUAUUGAUAUUAAUAUAAUUAUUAUUAUUAUUAUAUAUUUAUAUAUAUAUAUAUAUAUAUACAACAUAUUGUGAUUUUAUUGGGUGUUUAUUAUAGAACUAAAUUAAAUGUGUUAGUUUUUUAUGUAUUUGUAUCAUUUUUGUUCUGAUAUAAUUCAAGUAUUCAAUAAGAAAUUACAAUAUAUAUAGAUACAUCCUAGAUAAAAUAUUUUCUAACUAUAUUUGUAACAUUAUUAUUAUUUUUUUUUACACUACAAUUAAUAUUGAUCAAACAUGGAAAUACAAUUUAAGAUGUUUCAUUAAGAAACUAGUGAACAUAUAUAAUGUAAUGUGGGCUUUAGUGUUUAUUAUUGUGAAAAUUGAUUAUCUAUUUAAUAAUUAUUUUUUAUUUUAAUUUUAAAAUCAAUACUCCUAAUAAAAUCAGGUAUGUUUAAGAAUACUGAAAUAUAAACUAUACAAAACUAAAUGUAUUGAAUAUUUUAUAUAUUUAUUGGCAAGACACAUUGUUUACGUUUUUGAAUGAUAUGAAAUUCUCGGUUUUGAAGUAUAAUAUUAUAUUUUAAUAAUUUAUAUUAAUGUAUUAAAUUUGUUUGCAAAUUUACAUUUAAGAAAUUGUUGUGUUAUUUUUAUAUACACUGCAAAUUUAACACAUCAUAUUUAUUUGUUUUUUUUACUGUUCUAUGCAUGUAAUAUUAAUUUAUUGUGAAACUAAGCCUUGUUUAGAGCUUUUAAUUUUGCAAGUAUUAAUGCUCAUAAAUUUACAGAUUUGUACAUUAAUAUAUAUAUAUAUAUAUAACUAUUUUUAAAUAGUUAAAUAGAUUGUAUUUAUGCUGACAUAGUUUCAUCAUUUUUAAUUUAUCACUGUUACGACCCAUAAAAAUGUCAGUUUGUUUUAAAAAUCAGUUACAUUUUUUAUAUAAUUAUGAUUGAUAGUGAAAAUCAAAUAUCAAUGCCGAGAAUUUUAUACUUGUACCUUAAUAGAAAAGAACAUAAUAUGAAUGGACAAAAAUACUAUAGGAAUUUUAUUGUGCAAUAUCAAUCAUAGUCCUAAAUAAUAGUUAUUAAGUCUGAUCAAGAACAUAAUAUAUAUUAUAUACAUAUUAGCUAUAAUAUUAAUAUAUGAUUUUUAUAAUUAUAAUAAUUAUUAUUAUUACAAUUAUUACAUUAAAUAUAUUAUGUAUGCAAUUAUAAUUAUUAUCAUAAUAUUAACAGUAUCAGUGUUUAUUAUCGUAAAAAAUAUAUUUAAUAUUAAUUAAAAUAUAUGUAAUUUAAAAAAAAAUAUAUAUCUUUAAUAAAGACUUGAAACCCCAAGACUAGCUGAAUAUGUACUAUCUAGAUAUCUAUAUUUAUAUACUAAUUUAUUUACUUAUUUUAUUGGUACUGUUCCAUGGUACAAUGGUACUAUAAAAUACAUAUUUAAGCAAUUUAAAUAUAUUGUAUAUAUAUAUUUACUUAUUUAUGAUAGACUUUAGGUUUACCUAAACUUGUUAUAAAUAAUCAUACUACAUAAUUUAACAAAGCCUUUUACUUUUUGCACUUUUAUUUUUUAAUUAAUCACAACCAUAUUCGCAAUAUACAAUACAUACAUAAAAAGAUUUUUUUUAUUGUUUUACGCGUUCCUAGAAUUUAAUUAUUAUUAUUUUGUUAAAAUAAACUUAUUAUGGAAUAAUUAACUAUGUGGCUGAAUAUAAUCUUUUGUUAUUACAUUUUAAUACUGAAUAAAUUAUCUAUUUUCAUAAAACUACAAUUUUGAUC